CACGAUGACUCCUUUACUCCCACCCAUGUGCUCCGGAUCUCGAGAAAGGAAUUCUGCGUCGGUGGCAUCAUCAGAUACACCACGCUAGUCAACGACUCGCUGCCCGGGCCCGAGCUGCACAUCCCCGAGGGCAAAGUCGUCUGGAUCAGAGUGUACAAUGACAUGCACGAUGCCAACCUCACCAUACACUGGCAUGGCCUCGCCCAAGCUGCCGCGCCCUUCUCGGACGGCACGCCCAUGGCCAGCCAGUGGCCCAUCCCGCCGCAAUACUACUUCGACUACGAGCUGAGGACGCCCGAGGGCACCGCCGGCACCUACUUUUACCACUCGCACGUCGAUUUCCAGACCAGCACCGCAACCGGCCCCCUGAUUGUCGACGAUCCGCCCGAUCGCCGCAAGCCGUAUCCCGUCGACGGUGACCGUGUCUUGCACAUAUCGGAACUCUUUUACGAAACAGACAAGGAAAUCGUCGCAGGUCUUCGGGCGGCGCCGUUUCGAUGGUCCGGAGAGGCGGGCGGCUUCCUCGUCAACGGGGAUACCAUAUCCAUUUACCACGUUGUUGAUCCGGGAUCCUCCAAGCUGACCGUCAUUGAGAUUGAUCCCGGCAAGUGGUAUAGGUUCAGGUUCAUUGGCGCCAUGGCACUGUCGUACAUCGCCAUCGCUUUUGAGGACCAUCAUGACCUUGAGGUGAUUGAGGUGGACGGCGAUUACACCAAGCCCUAUUCCACGCCUCUGCUGCAGAUUGGCUCCGGCCAGCGGUUCAGCGCGCUGUUCAAAGCAAAGACGUGCGAGGAGCUUCGACGUACUGGCAUGUUGGAUUAUUACAUACAGAUAGAGCCUCGCGAUCGGCCCAGCAACGUGGUCAGCUACGCCAUCUUGCGCUAUCGCAAUACUUGCGGCAUUGGCGGCAAUCCAUAUGUCUCGACAACUGCCGUUCCCUCCAAGAGGCCCAUCAAUCUCCCUCCCACGAUUGACGGCUUUCUGGAUUACAAGCUGGAGCCCCUCUUCCCCAACAACUUCCCUACCGCCGAUCAGGUCACCCGCCGAGUCAUGGUUUACGCCCAGCAACAGGUGGACAGUUACGUCCUGUGGACGGACAAUAAUGUCUCCUGGGUAGAUACGCAUCCCUUGCCCAUGCAGACCAGCCCAAAUGAGCCUUACCUGGUGGCGCUGUACAAGAAUGCGAGCCAGUACCUGCCCAACUAUGAAGCGUCCAUUGCCAACAACGGCAUCGAUCCGCGGACCAAGACGUACCCUGCCAAGCUGGGAGAAGUCAUUGAGAUUGUCUUCCAGCAACUUGGCUCGCGCAAUCGCGACAAAUUCUGGUCUGGAGGCCUCGACACGCAUCCCUGGCACGCCCACGGCAGCCAUAUAUACGACAUUGGAGGAGGACCGGGAGCUUUUCAUCCCGACGUUGCCGAGCGGCAGCUCAAAGGCACGCAUCCCAUACGGAGAGACACAUCGAUGCUCUUUCGAUACACAAGGAGAGUGCAGGAGAAUCAGCCGUGGGGCUGGCGCGCCUGGCGGCUCAGGGUGGAGGAUGCCGGCGUGUGGAUGAUUCAUUGCCAUACGCUACAGCACAUGGUCAUGGGAAUGCAGACGGUCUGGGUAUUUGGCGAUGCGCACGACAUCAUGAAGGCCAGGUUCCCGGACGUGUCGGGGUAUCUGGAGUAUGAAGGGAGCGUGAAUGGCAACGCUACGCAUGCUCCAGAGGUGGUGCAUUUC